AUGGCCAAAGCUGACGAUAAGGAAGCGAAAGAUGCCGCCUUAGCCACGCUGAAAGAAGGGCUGGAGUACUUGGCCACAUUCUUGAAAAAGAAUGGAACAGCUUUCAUCUGUGGGUCGCAACCAGGAUUGACCGAUUACUUUCUUUAUCCGCACCUGGAACGCAUCAACGCUAUUGUCCCUGUAGAUUUAAAACAAAUACCAAAAGUGAAAACGUACUUUGAUCAAAUGCAAGAAGACAAAGCUGUGAAAUCGUGUCGUUUCUCGGACGAACUGCACCGCGAGUACGGCCGGAAAGCUCUGGCAGGAGACAUCGGAGCUUACGAUAUUGGGCCUGUAGUUCAGUAG